UGCUCCUCCGCGCCAGCAGGGGGCGCCAGCGGCGGCGUUCUCCUCGCGUUACGCCGCUCUGUGGUCGCAGCACUUCCGGGCCGGACGGCGGCCAUGGCGGCGGGCGGCAGGAAGGCCGUGUACCCCUUGUUCCAGCUGGGCGGCCCCCAGCUGCGGAUUUUCCGCCCCAACUUCUACAUGUUAGCGGUGCGGCCCGGCGUGCCGCAGCCCGAGGACACCGUGCAGUUCCGCGUCUCCAUGGAAAUGACAAAAGUGGAUAUCAAGAAUUACCUUGAGAAAAUCUAUAAUGUGCCAGUAGCUGCUGUGAGGACCAGGAUACAGUAUGGUGCAAACAACAAGAGAAACCAUAAGAAUCAGAGAGUGAAGAAACCAGAUUACAAGGUCGCCUACGUACAGCUGGGUCAAGGGAAAACCUUUCAGUUUCCCAACCUAUUUCCAGAGAAAGAAGACUCAGAAGCUGAUGCUUUUGAUGACUUCAGGAAAACGUUUAUGGACAAAGAACAGCAGAGCCAGAAGGGUGACCCCAGACGAGGCGGAGUCCCCGAUUGGUUUGGACUUUGAUGCAAGAAGCCAGCUGCCUUUCUUUAGGCUCAGAGGGAUUUUAAUCAGUAGAACUUGCACUUUUCUUGUAAUGACUGCGGGUUUAUCCCUGAGCAUUGCUUGCUAGUGUGGUUGUUUUGUUUUUUUUUCCCUAGCUGUUUAUGCUCGACUGCAACAAAAUGGCCUUAAAGAAAUAAAAAGAUUCCAAUUUAGGUAACUCCAUCUUUACCAACGUGACAGUGAAAUGACAAGAAUUCAUCUAGUGCUGCCAUAUAACUUCCUAGCUGAUUGGUCAGCCUUGAGCAAGUGAACAGACAGGUUUCUGACUGGAGUGGCACGAAAGGGAAGAAAUAGAUGAGUGUACCCAUAUCUAUAUGAAGUUGCUACAACCAAAUUAUGGCAGAUACUCAAGCAACUUAAGAGAGACAACUUAUGUUACCAGCUUCCUCUAAAACAGUGUACCUGUGAAAUUAAGAACAACCUGGUUAUGAAGGAAAUAGGGAUGGUGCAUGAUGUGUUACUGGGACAAGGGAAGGAAACCUGUGGUGAUUCCUUCUGCAAUCAAACCCAACUUCAGAAUAUACAGAAAAGAACUCAGUAAACCUUCUUGGACCAAGCUCCAGACUGCUUAUUUUCUGAUCCUGGUGACUGCUGAAACCAAGUUCCACAUGUAGAUCACUGCCUGGUUUGAAGCCAUGUGGUUGUUCCAAUGUUCUCGGUCCUGUAAACAUCUCCUAGAACAUGGCAUACCACUUCAUCUGCCUCUCAUUAAGUAGAGAAUGUGAUUACUAUUAUGCACGGAGUUGUCAAACCAGUCUGGUGUUUGCAGACUUCACCAAGGAUCAGGUGCCCUCCUUCACCACGAUGCCAUCCUCUUCUCAAUGGCUGCCACCGGCAAAGUUAGAGAGUGCUUAAAAAAACCCACAAAUAUACAGUACACAAGAUAAAGUACCAAAAUACAGGUAUAGCAUGUGUCAGGGAAUUAUUUAAAGUGUCUGAAGCUUGAAACGCUGAAGUUAAAGUAUCAGCUGGGAUCUGAUCUUAGCUUGGUCACAAAGAGAACAUGCAAAGUGCUCAGGAAAGGAGGCCUUGCUGUGUAAAGCUAACUCUUCUGUGGCUGUUUCUUCCCACCUGGUGCUCCAGCAGAGGAAGAACACAGUGAAGAGAAUGAGGAGCUGAAGAGAACAAGUGCCAUUGCAGCGCGGCGCGUUCUGGAGGGCCAGAAUUGUUGUUAACUUCUGCCUGCUACACACACAGACUUGUUGGUCCUUGUGGGAUGGGACUGCCUCCCCUUCUAUUUUGCAGCUCUUCAUUAUCUCUUGUGAGACAGGCAACGGUAACACAGUGUGUUUGUCUCUGCCUGGGUUCCUCUGCUCUCACGUUUCUAGUGUUCACCUUGCAUUAGGAAAAAGUGGAGUGUGCUGCAGAGCACAGAUGUGCAUACAUCCUUGUGGUAGAAGGAGGACUGGGAGCCAUCUGCCUUUCAUAAGCGCAGAUGUUUCCCUCUGAAGGUGGGACUUAUGUCAAGUGCCCUUCAACUGCUCAAGCUUACCUCCUGAUAGAGUUGUGUUCAUUAUGUCAGGGCUAGCCACAGUUGAGAAAAGGGAGUGUUAUCAUUUGCCAGUUUACUCUGAUACCCUGUGUAUGUGUGUUGUCUUUAACCAGGCUGAAUAAAAAGCAGAAAGAUCUGCUCAUGUCAUGGA